AUUUGUACAUUUUUGUAUUAACCUGCUGUUUUAGAAGCAUCACUUUUGCGUUUAAAUACUUUAUUAGGUAACAAGAAAUAUGCAAAGAAUGUAAUGCAACACAGUAUAGCUAGGGUAUUAAUUUAAUAAACUGUUAAUAGUGGGUACAAAGUUGCAGAAAGGCUAAUUGCUGGGUUUAAAUGUUAAAUUAAUAUUAUAUUUUGAAUAUUUGAAUUUAGUUUCUUAUUAAAAUUCAUAAUCAGAUCACUGGCAUCAUUCGCAAAUACUUGAAUGUAAAGUGAUAAAGUCCUGCUCUAAAACUUGUUUGGAUUUGUGUUCUGUGCUCAUAACUCCACUCAUAAAACCACAGCAGUCAAACUGCAAACAUGGAGCAGUACACUACCACCACGACAACUAGUGGAGAGCAGAUAGUGGUGCAGACCAGCAGCGGGCAGAUUCAACAACAGGGCACAUUGACUGCGGUCCAGUUGCAGACUGAGCCUCAGGUAGGCCAGACUGCAGCCCAGCAGGUCCUUCAGGUAGUCCAAGGGCAGCCUCUUAUGGUACAAGUCAGUGGGGGUCAGCUCAUCACUUCCUCUGGGCAGCCCAUAAUGGUACAGGCCAUGACAGGAGCGCAGGGUCAAACCAUAAUGCAGGUACCGGUAUCUGGUACACAAGGGCUGCAGCAGAUUCAGUUGGUACAGCCAGGUCAGAUCCAGCUUCCAGGUGGACAGACAUUACAGCUACAGGGUCAGCAAGGACAGACCCAACAGAUCAUCAUUCAACAGCCACAGACUGCAGUCACUGCAGGACAGAACCAGGGUCAGCAGCAGAUCACUGUACAGGGACAGCAGGUGGCCCAAACAGCAGAAGGACAGACCAUUGUUUACCAGCCUGUUAACGCUGACGGAACCAUCCUACAGCAGGGAAUGAUCACCAUUCCAGCAGCCUCUUUAGCAGGAGCCCAGUUAGUAUCAGCUGGAACCAACACAAACACAACUAACACUGGUCAGGGCACAGUGACGGUCACUCUCCCCAUGGCAGGAAACAUGGUCAACGCUGGAGGAAUGGUCAUGAUGGUCCCAGGGAGUGGGGGGUCGGUUCCCGCCAUGCAGCGUAUCCCUCUUCCUGGAGCAGAGAUGCUAGAGGAGGAGCCUCUGUACGUCAACGCUAAACAAUAUCACAGGAUCCUCAAGAGAAGACAAGCCCGUGCCAAACUAGAGGCAGAGGGCAAGAUACCCAAAGAGAGAAGAAAAUACCUGCACGAGUCCCGUCAUCGUCACGCCAUGGCCAGGAAACGUGGGGAUGGUGGGCGCUUCUUCUCUCCGAAGGAAAAGGAGGAAAUGGCCAUGCAAGCCUUUAAGGUGAGCGAGGGGCUCGAGCUCAGCUCUCAUUGGCCAGCCAUCUCUGCCCCACCCCUGGGGUAACCUAAUGACAGGUUUUUCAUCCAAUCCCAGCCUGUCCAUCAACUGAAAGACUGAAAUCACUGUAUACACACCUAAUUUAAUUUACAACAUCCAUACCCUGUGGCUCCGUGUCCAAGCUACCUCAUGCAUCUGUUACAUACUCAUGUCUGAACUGUGUCUGUAUGUGAGUUUAUUGACUUUUCCAACAAAUUAAACUGAGCAUACAUACUAAGAUCUUAGUAUAUAUGUUCUUGUCUAUGAUGUACACAAAUACAAUGUAAACAUUAGUCCCCAUGUUUGUAACUUCCAUGCUGCCUUGUAGCUUUUUAAUUAUUAAGGGAUAGUUUGACGUUUUGGUUAUUUUACUACUUUUUUUUUUACUGCCCAUAAUUACCUUUGUAUGAAGCUUAAUGGCAUAGUUAAUUUAAAAAUGUAAAAAUUGCAAUUCCAUCAUCAAUUAUUCACCCUCAUUUUGUUCCAAAACCAUAUGACUUUCUUCUCUGGAACUCAAAAAGGAAAGUUAGGCAGUGUGUUAGCCUCAGUCACCAUUCACUCUUAGUGCAUCUUUUUCCAUACAAUGAAAGUGAAUGAUGACUGAGGCUGUUAUUCUGCCUAACAUCUCCUUUUGUGUUCAGAGGAAGAAAGUCAUAUGAUUUUGGAACAGCGUGAGGGUGAGUAAAUGAUGACAGAAUUUUCAUUUUGGGUGAACUAGCCCUUUAAAGAAAUAACACUUUACAAUAAGAUUCCAUUCAUUAAAAUGAGUAAAUGCAUUGAGUAUCAUGAACACUGAACAAUAUGUUAUUUACAGCAUUUAUUAAGCUUAGUUCAUUUUAGUUAAUAAAAAUACAAAUGUUCAUUGUUAGUUCAUGUUAGUUCAUAGUCCAUUAACUGAUGUUAAUAAAUACAGCAUUUGAUUUUAAAAAUGCAUUAGUAAAUGUUGAAAUUAUCAUUAACCAAAAUUAACAAAUGCUGUAAAAGAAUUGUUCAUUGUUAGUUCAUGUUAACUCAUGUUGUUAAUUUAUGUUAACAAAUGAAAACUUAUUGUAAAGUGUUACUGAAAUAACUUAUGUUAGACCACUGCUAAAUAUCUAGAAAUUUAAAGAAACUUAAAAAAAGAUUCAGAUGUAAACAUGGGUGAUUAACAUUGUCAGGGUAAAAUUUGAUCAAGAUUUCUUUUCUAAACUGUUUGACUUCUACUUUAAGGGGAAAUCUUCAACCUUGGCUUUUUUUCUUUUUUUUUUCUUUUUCUUUUCUGUCUGCAUUUCUUCUGUUUGUCCUACCAUGCUGUAAAUUUCUAGCCAGACUGCUUUUGUUACUCACUGGAUGCUGAGAUGUAUUAAGCUUCGUGUUUGUUUGUCCUCUUUAGUCUUACUUUUAUUUAGUUAGUUUAUUGGAUCUGUUUUUAUUUGUAAUGUAUGGCUUGGCUUUCACCCUUAAAUGCUCUUCUGUUGUUGCCCAGAGCUGUCUCUUUAUUAUCAUUUCUACCAUUUCAUGUUUCUUCCAUAGUGGGCUGUAAGUGAGCUCUUGAUUACUUUUACAUUGCAUUUAUGUUUAUUACUUGAUGAGAGAUGCCCUUUUUAUGCAAAUAAACCAUUGUUCUCCAUUUAUACAUGAUUAGUUAUCACUUUUUUACUCUAUAUGCACAUAUAGAGAACUCUUUUCUCUUUCAAUGUGAAAUAUCAGUGUUAGGGUUUCAUUUGUAAAAAUGUAAGUGAAUUUUAGGAUCAUUAAUAGAUAAAUAAACCACAUAGACUGUUUGAUUUACAGUGGAAUCCAAAAGUCUGAGACCACUAGUGAUCAUUUUUGUAUUUUUCUAACUAAAAAGAAAGUUUUUCAGAACAAAUUAUAUCAGUGGCAUAACAAUUUAAGUGAAAAGAAUUGAUAGUGUUCCAUAGAGCAAGUAAGCAAGGGAA